CCCGGAAGUGGCGGCCGGGGCUGGAGGCGGUGGAGAUGCUGCUGACGGCGGCGAAGCUUGCCAAGAGCAAGUCAAAGUCCAUCCUGGUGCAGAUGGUGAGUGCUGCCGGAACCGGGUACUGCUUCAAUGUUAAGAGGAGUCGUCUGCGGGACAAGCUGGUGCUAAGGAAACAUGAUCCCGAAGUGAACAAGCAUGUCCUUUUCUUUGAAAAGAAGAAAAUCAGGUCAAUCUGAUGCAGGACUCUUGGGUUCGAGCAAGGAUUGUUGGCAUCGGAGCAGGAGUUUGGAAUGACCACAAGGUAUACCUUUGGCAAGGCACACAUGGUGAAGGGACAUUGCAGAGGAUGACAAUAAAACAAGAGGAGACUCGCUCUGUGAACACUUUUAUUUACAAGUUGUUAGUUAUCCUUAACAAUGUACCAUAAAGACCUUUGGA